CGACGGUACCGCAGACGGGAUCAUUUGUAAAGACGGCGAACCUACCGUUCGACAAUGGGCAUGAAUAGUCGGCAGAUUCUGCACUGCGUUGCAGGCGUUUGGUUCCUUUCGUUAUCCGUCGUAAUCGAAGGAAAAGAUUUGCCUGCCAGUUUCGAGAAGUGCCACCGUAGCAAUCCCAAGUUUGAUCAGUGUCUGCGAAAUGCGGUGAACGGGGCGAUCCGCCAGAUGAAGAACGGUUUGCCGGAGUUCGGUAUUCUGCCACUGGAACCACUGGCAGUGGAUGCACUAUCGAUCGAACAAGGAGAACCGUCGUCCCCGAUAACGCUAAGGCAACACUUCACCGGUGUCAAACUCAGCCACCUGACUGAAUCGACUAUCCUGAAGUAUCGCACGGAUUUGAAAAAGCUCAUCAUCAAGACAGAAGCUAUUACGCCAAAAGUACAAUUCCUGGGUAACUACACCAUGGACGGGCGGAUACUGCUGCUCCCGAUUACCGGCCAUGGUCUGGCUAACAUAACGCUGCAUCGGUUAAAGACUCAUCACGAGCUGAUCGGUGAGCUAGUGGAACGGAACGGGGAACAGUACAUGCAGGUUCGAAAGUACCUUGUUCACUUUGAACCGAAGCAGGUUACGUUCGAGUUUGGAAAUUUGUUCAACGGCGAUCAGCGGUUAUCUUCUACCAUGCACCAGGUGUUGAAUGAUAACUGGGAAGUUGUGUUUAGAGAGCUUCGCAGCUCGUACGAGGAUACGUUCGGAUACAUUUUCAAAAAGAUUUCCAAUCAAAUCUUUCUCAAGGUACCGAUGAAUAAAAUCUUUCCCGAAUGAGUAUGAGUAGGAUCGAAUGUGUAGCACUUAUGAUUAAAAAUUUUAAGACACUGUGAUCUAUCCUUCCGAGUCUCGAAGCCAAAAAAACUGAUCGAUUACUUUUCAUUUCAUACAUCAUGAGCCGAAAAUGUUUGGUACAUAAAAUUAGGGGUUUCUUUUAUUUUCAUAUCGAUUAACAGUAGGACCAGCCAUGCCGUACAUAUAUUUAUCUAAACGUUGUCAAUAUUCUCACGUCUAGCACGUGAGCCUACGGAACAUGAUUCAAAGAUGACACCAAAAAAAUGAAGUUAAGAAAUGAUAGUGAUUUUCUGUAUUCAUUGCAU